AUGACGCGGGAUGUAAGCAUGAACGUGCCAAGGAGAGAGUGUAUCAUGGCUCUGUACCCCGCGCAUAAGGACGACCCAAAGCAUCGGCACGCCACUGUCGUCCACCCUCUUUCAUUCACUCCUCUUAGCCUCGUCACCAUCCUAAUCACUAGACGCUGGGAUAAGAAGGCACGAAUGUGGAUCGUAUUGAGUCCUCAGGAGCUUGACGGCAUUGAGCCUUCGACUGUUCCCAACCCAGUCGGCUUUUGCGCAUCCGCAGAAGCCUGUCUCACAACCUACACGGGUGGUGUCUCCCCUAGACCUACCUAG